AUGGUGUGGGAGUUGUCACAUGGCCAGAUCGAUGACGAGCUUGAGUGCGACAUGGUGCGGGCGUUGUGCAGCCUGACAGGGGUGGCGGUGCUGAGCGCCCCUGAUGCGUUUGUGACCGGCAUGCUGACCCGCAACAUUGCAACCCGCUUGGCUCAGCCGCUGUUCGAUGGAAGGUUCCUGGAGCGGGUGGAUGGCGAGGACACUUGGCAGUUCAUCACGUUUGCGUGCGGCACCACCCUCAACAUCCGGACCGGCGAGGUCGGAUCCGCCUUGGCCCAGCAGUGCAUCAAGCGCCGCCUGGACUACACGUAUCCGAAGGAGCAGUUGGACGCGAUCGCUGCGAAGGAGCGAGAGCUCGGGACGAGCUGCUUGGAGGUCUUCCGGAAGAUCGCCAAGUGGGAGGCCAACCCGCUGAACACCGAGAUCGCCACGUACCCUCAGUCCAUCCGCAGGAGGCUUGAGCUGCUCACCAACAAGGUUCCACACCUCCGGUUCUUCCAGCUGAUGCACAACAGCUUCACGCCCCGGUACGACCAGGCGGAGUGCCCACAUCCGGAGGAGCAUGGUGGGUGGCAGGCAACGGUCUUCCGGACCAUGAAGGCCCUUGGCGCUUCUCUUGGUGUUAGCCACAAGAACUCUGUGUUUGACUUGGGAGAGGAGGGUAACAACGGCAAGGGGGUCCUUGCUGCCGCCUUCCGCUCGGUCUUCGGCGGGUACUACGAGGAGCUGCCCGUCCAGGUUGUGUCAAGGGACGUCCCGAGUGGAUCCUCGGCCGCGCCAGAAGUCUACAGGCUGCAGGGCGCCCGCUUUCUGGGCGCCCCGGAAUCCGAGAAGUCCAUUGCCAUCAAAAGCAUCUGGGUGAAGCUGCUGGCAGACCAGAGCACCCGCUGGGUUGCCCGCACCCUUUACAAGCAGGAACACGAGUUCAGGAUCCCUGCCCUGUUUGCGCUGUCCACCAACCUGAAGAUCAACUUCACCAGCAUCGAUUCCGGGGUGAGGCGCCGGUUCAUCGGCUGCUCGUGGCCGGUCUCCUUCAAGUUGGCGCCGGUUGGGCCAUUCCAGCGGCCUUGCAGCCAGGAGGACCUCAAGAGCCGGGCUUUCUACACCGUGGAGAUGAAGGCGGGAAUGAUUCACGUGGCCACUGCAGCCUUCCAGGCAUUCUGCAUGGGUGACGGUGGCCGCCUGGAGCGGCAACCGGCCGUCAUCAAGAGGGCCAGCCAGAUCUUGCUGAACAGCGAGUACACUGAGUUCAUGCAGAUGUUUCUCAAUGAAAGCACGCAGCAAUGCAUUGGCAAGGAGGCCACGCCAAAGGUCAAGCUGGUGGCGGCGCUGAACCAGUACACGCCCAACUGCCGGAGGAGAAGCUGA